GGGGUUUUUUUUCAGCUCGUUUUUAACGGCGGAACCGAGGUGGUGCCGCUGAUCAGGCGCCCCUUUUGUGGCCCUGAGGGGAGAGGUCGCGCGCGGGGCUUUUCCCGCCCUUUUUGCCCUCCACCUGAGGGGGUGGGGGGCGCUGCACACGUGCUGGGGGGCGGAGCGAGGGCGGCCGCUCGGCCAAUGGCGGUGCGAAGGAGAGGCGUUGGGUGGGACGAGCGCAGUGCUCUGGCCAAUAGGAGGCGGGGCUGGGUUGUGCGGGCGGGGGCCGCUGCGGGCGCAUGCGCGAAGGGGAGGCGGGUGGCAGCCGCAGCGGGAGGGAGGCAGAGCUGCUGUGAGAAAUGUCCCAGAGAAGGCGCGGCAAACGGUUAGGUUUCUCUCAGGAGGAGGAGGAGGAGGAGGAGGAUUUCAUCCUGAACCAGACGCCGACGUGCACUCAGGUGCAGAAGAACCUGGAGAGGCACUCCAAGAGUGAAGUGAAUCAGAAGGCGAUUGAGCUUGUUCAGUUCCUGCUUGUGAAGGACCAGAAAAAGAUCCCCAUCAAGAGAGCAGAUAUGCUAAAGAAAGUAAUUCGGGAAUACAGAGAUGUCUACUCGGAGAUCAUCAACCAGGCGACCAGGACCCUGCAGCAGGUGUUCGGGCUGGAGUUGGUAGAGAUCGAUGCCAAACAUCACAUCUACAUCCUCACCAGCAGCUUGCCCCGUGCCGAGGGGGAGAACUUGUGCCAGAAUGAUGAAACAGCAAAGCUGGGGCUCCUCACCGUCAUCCUCAGCUUCAUUUUCAUGAAGGGCAACUCGGCCAAAGACAGUGCUGUGUGGGAGUUUCUCCGCUGGCUCCGAGUGAAACCAGGGCAGCGACACAGCGUCUUUGGGGAUGUCAAGAAGCUGGUGACAGAGGAGUUUGUGCGGCAGAAGUACCUGGAGAUCACCCCAAUCCCCCUGACAGACCCCCCCGAAUUCAAGUACCAGUGGGGGCUGCGGGCAGCCAAAGAGAUCUCCAAGAAGGAUGUGCUGCGCUUUGUGGCAAAGAUCCAAGGGAAGGACCCCACAUUCUGGAAGAGCCAGUACAAUGAUGCCGAAGCUACCUCCUGAACCCCCCCCACACCCUGGGAUCCACCUCCCCCAUCCCCCAGAGUAAUAAAGGUGCCCAUUUGGA